AGCUUUAGGACUUUUCCUUAGUCAUGUCCGAGCCCACAUCCCCGUCAUUUUGCUCAUCGGCGGCAUCAGAAGCUUCUACAGUUCCCUCAGCUGUUGAACCACCACAGGUUGUUGGUACAGCUAAGGAACUUCAGAAUGGUGCGGUAUGUAAGGAGAUGAGUAGCGGAAUAUCUCUGAGGCAAUUUAUUCUAAUAUGUUUGAAUGCGUUGGUUACUAUCGGUCUAUCCGUACCCUUUAUGUUCACUACUACUGGUUUGUUGGCGAUCCCGAUACAAGCUAUGACUGGAAUUUCGAUAUUCCUUUGCAUACGGAUCGUGAGUAAAGCGUUAAGUCAUGAGAAGGUUAAGGAAUAUGCUGAUGAAAGAGGCAUCCCAUUGUUCGAGCGAGAGUAUACUUUUCUCGCCGAGUUUUGCGGUGGGAAACUCGGAAGGAGGAUCGCUUCUAUGACGAUAUUCCUGGAAUAUUUCAUCUCCAUUAUAGGGUUAAUGGCAGCGAUGGGAAUCACUACGAAUAUCAUAAUUGAUGCAAUCACAGUUGAAUGGUGGAUCAUCAUAUUCUCAUUCUUGUCUCUGCUGAUAAUUGUUUGUCCCUUUAUGAAAGAAGUCAACGGUGUGCUGGCGAUAGCUGCAGUAGUCACAACAUUCGCGGGUUUACUGCUGUGGGUGAGUUCUCGUUGGGAUUCUGUGAGAUGGUUUUUUUCAUACCACACCAUGAGUAAUUCAGAUAACAGCAGGUGUUAUGGUAGAGAGCUCCCAUCUUAAAAAGACUGAGCCGAAUCUGCUACUCGAAGACCCACCUGUCCAGCAUUUGUUUACCGCACUUUCCUUAUCAAUUUGGAACUCUGGUGCAGCGCCAUCUUUGCCGCCUUUC